AUGUUUUCUAGAUUCAGUCAGACGCGCAAGUUGGCAAUUUAUUACAGUACUCCUUCAUUCCCUUUGACCUUUCUACCACCUCUGAAGGUGGAGUGGCGGCAGGGUAAUGAGAGCCUUCUGCCAGUGAGCCAAGGCAGAGAUUGGCCGGAGACGUCGUGUAUUGUUGUAUCGAGGCCACACUUGUAUGGAGCCGGGUGUAAUUACAGAGCCCUUUGA